AUGCAGAAGUAUGUAGUGUUGGAUACUGGCGCUAUAUUAGGCGGGAGGAGUCUCCUGGACCCGGAGAGUAAGUAUUUAUGCCCUGAAGGCGUGGUGAGAGAAGCAAAGGAUAAACGUAGCGCUGAAUUUUUGGAUACAUAUGACCAGUUUUGGGAGGUGAGAAGCGCCGAGCCAGAGGCCUGGAGGCUUGCACGUGAGCGGGCGAAAGUGACGGGCGACGAGAGUGAGCUGUCAGAUGUAGAUUUGUCCGUUGUCGCUUUGGCAGUGAGUGUGGCGCUGUCCGAAGAGCUUCCUUUACGUCCGCUGAAGGAUGUGGAGUUGGUGCUGCGGGGCGAGGCGUGUCAAGGGAGCGCAUACAACGGCGCAGUGUCUGACUCGGUGGCGUUGAAGGUCGUCUCGAGCGACCGGGCGUUGCGGAAUUUGUGUGUUGCAUUCGGGAUAAAUGCAGAAACGCCCGGCGGCAAGGCGUAUUGCGGGGGGCUCAUUACAUGGAGUUACCAGUGCAGCAGUUGCAAGACGACGGUGUCUGCAAAGCCGACUGCCUGUCUGAGCUGCGGCAACACCAAGUUCGUGCGGUCAGCGAUGAUGGCGGCGUGGGACGGCGUGAAGAGACCAGUGCCCUGGGACGAACCGGCCCGCGAUUUUAGCGGCGCUGCUGGCGCAAGUCGAGGCGGCGCCCGCGGUAUUAGUAGUCGGGGCGGCGCUUCCACGCGGGGUUCCCCCACACGGGGUUCGUCUUUUCGGGGGUCAAAUCGGCGUUGA